UCUCGCGAAAAGAUGUUCUUCUAGAAAUUACUUAUCAAAAGUUGCAGUUACAUACAUUCGGUCAGUGUGAACUCGGAAAAUUCUCGUCAUUUCUUCCGCGCAACAAGAGCAAAUAUGUUACGGUCACGAAUCGCGGUCUUUUUGCGACGCGACACCCCCGUCCUUGUAUCCGCGCUUUCCAAUAACCUGCACACGUCACGAAUUAUCUCCGGAAAAAGCAAGGCGAACAGUGACUGUGAACCUGUGCCUGUAGCUGUAAUUCUGUGCGGAUGCGGCGCACUCGACGGCACGGAAAUUUCGGAAGCCGUCUCGACGGCCAUCCAUUUACGUCAGAAAGGCAUGAAGCCGCUCUUCUACGCCCCGGACAUUCAGAUGUGCGGGGUGGUUGAUCAUCUUACCAAAGAAAUGGACAGUAACGGUCCCACCAGGAAUGCUCUCGUUGAGGCUGCCAGAUUGGCGAGAUCGUGCGUGAAACCUCUGUGUGAAUGUGAGGUUUGCACACACGGCGCGCUUAUCAUACCUGGAGGCUUCGGCGUUGCGCGCACCUUGAGCAAUUUCGCCGCCAAGGGCGCAGAUUGCACCGUGUUACCUGACUUGGAGAAGCUCAUCGAGGACUUUUACUGCGAGAAAAAACCGAUCGGCAGCAUAUGCAUAGCCAGCGCGGUUGUCGCCAAAGUGCUGAAUGGCGUGAAAGUCACUCUCGGCAAAGAAUCGCCCAAAGAAGAAUGGCCGCAUGCUGAAGCUAUCAAGAAGGUGCGGGAUAUGGGAGCCAAGCUGGAGAUGAAGGACGUAAGAGGUGUAACGCGUUGCAAAAAGUACAAUGUGUACAGCACGCCGGCCUGGUUGUACACGUGCGCCACUUAUUCGGAGAUUCACGAGGGCAUCGGCAAAAUGAUCGGCAUGCUGAAGAAAUGCGUGAAGAAGCCGAUGUGAACGUCGAGGUUCUCUUUGGAGAUUAUAUCUUAUACAGUUUUAUCUUAUCUCGACGUGACGUGUCGCUUUGUAUCAUCAUUUAUUACGUUUGUACUUUUAUUACUUGUAUUACUUUCGACGAACAUGAAGAAACCCUUGUCGCACCAAA